AUGGACGGCUUAUAUUGUAUGAGCCGCAUAUGUGCAUGUUGCUUGAAGCUAACCAAAAAAAAGACCGGCUUCGAUGACAUCUUAUAUUUUAACGACGCGAAUUAUCCGUGGGACCGAGAGGAUAUAACACAUGAGGAAUUUGAAAAAGCCGCUCAACCACUUUGUGAUGAUUUGGGCAUUUACGCACAACGGAAUGCUCAAUACAAUACUUUGUACUAUGGGGCAUGGGUUAUGACAAGAAACAAUACUUACAAAGAUAUUUUCUUGCUUUGCUGUAAGCCAUGUCCGAUAGUCAAAACAGUGGCGCAAUGGAGAAUCACUCUAAAACUUCAAUUCUUAAUUCGUCAUCAGUAUAGCUUGAUAAAGAACUAUGAACUUCAUGAAGUUCCUGAUUAUAUCAGUGGUGUGCAAACUUAUAUCGAUGAAACCUAUUACAUAACAAAUCGAAUGUCUGAAAUUAGUGCUUCCAUAAAAACGUGUAACGCAGAGGACUUUAAAAAAGUUCCGAUAACAACCAAUAACAAUGUUUGCUUUGUAACUGCUAGUGACAGUUUCGAACGGAAUAGUCUGUACGAACGACAAAUUGAGCAAAUCCGUUACCGAACAAUUCAUGAAAUCAUUCAUCUCGGUCCGUACAGCGCUGCGGAAAUAGGAUACAUGAAGGAUCUGCAAUGCAGAAUACAACACAAUUCACAUCAAGACAACGAAUGCGUCGUCUGGAUGACGUAUAAUGAAUACGGUUAUGAGUGUUGCUGCUAUGGUGAUUUGAUUGGCAAUUGUCAAGAUCGAAUUUCAAAUAGCAUAUUGGUAGGCAAUGAACAACUGACGGCUUACAACAGUUUUAUGGUAUGCGCAAUUCCCAAUCGCAAUAACACAAGAUAUACUUAUAAGUAUGAUAACGAAACAAAGAAAGUUAUACUACGUGGAAGAAUGGAAGAUAUUUUGAAUGGAAUACGAACGAAAAGUGAUAUAAAAUCACAGUGA